CACACACACACACACACACACACACACACAGACACACACACACACACUCGCUGUGGUUCAGGUUAUGCAACUUUUCUGUUCUGCUGAGUUGAGCCGACAUGAAGCAAAAACACAUCCACCAUGUGUUUUCAAUUCAUUUCAUAUUCGUUAAUGUGACUUCUGCGUCUUUUUAAUGUGCGGCCACCAGCGCGGUGAUGAGGGGUCGCCCCUUCUCUGUCUCUGUACUGAAAUAAUGAAGUUUACUGUGAAACGGCUUUGAACUGGCGGAGCUUGUUUGCAGUUUCACCAGUAUUAAGUCAGUAAUGACGACAUAAGUGAGGCUGAGCUGCGAUAAAUCGUGUCUAUGCAGACACUGAAGCCAGAUCUGUGAGUUAAGUAAGUGGUGAUAAGAGCUGAUAGGCCUCAUUCUGAGCGUUUAUCAGCACGUGAACAUUAAAGAAAAGGAGUCUGAGGAGCUCAGCUGGACCAGGAAACUAUUUCGUGUUCGAUCUUUCCGGAUCUACUGAAGGAUCGGGUGACUAUUCCCUGUGGACUCCUCCUCUUCCUGGACUGAACCAAAGCUUGAUAACCCCUCCCUCUUCUUCCUGCUCUCAAACACAGCCAGCUCCACUCUGUCCACAUGUUUCCUUGUUCCCUCCCCUUCAGAUCUCCAGUUUGAAGAUGGGUGUAACCAACACGUCAGGCCCCGUUCACUGCAGAGACACAUGUUGUUGAGAUCAGAGCUCAGACUAGUUUCAUUUCUGAGGAAGUGAAACUCAGACAGUUGUUGUCACAGAGAGCUGAAAUGGCGCAGAAAGGAGCUCAGCUGGCUGAGGAAACUAUUUCUUGUUCGAUCUGUCUGGAUCUACUGAAGGAUCCGGUGACUAUUCCCUGUGGACACAGCUACUGCAUGAAGUGUAUUCAAAACUUCUGGGAUGGAGAGGAUGAGAAGAGAAUCCACAGCUGCCCUCAGUGUAGGCAGACCUUCACACCGAGGCCUGUCCUGGUGAAAAACACCAUGUUAGCAGCUUUAGUGGAGGAACUGAAGAAGACUGGACUCCAAGCUGCUCCUGAUGAUCACUGCUAUGCUGGACCUGAAGAUGUGGCCUGUGAUGUCUGCACUGGGAGAAAACUGAAAGCUCUGAAGUCCUGUCUGGUCUGUCUGGCCUCUUACUGUGAGAAACACCUUCAGCCUCAUUAUGAAUUGCCUGUAUUUGCAAAACACAAGCUGGUGGAGCCCUCCAAGAAGCUCCAGGAGAACAUCUGCUCUUAUCAUGAUGAGGUGAUGAAGAUGUUCUGCCGUACUGAUCAGCAGUGUAUCUGUUAUCUCUGCUCUGUGGAUGAACAUAAAGGCCACGACACAGUCUCAGCUGCAGCAGAAAGGACUGAGAGGCAGAGAGAGCUCGAGGUGAGUCGACUAAACAUCCAGCAGAGAAUCCAGGACAGAGAGAAAGAUGUGAAGGAGCUCCAACAGGAGGUGGAGGCUAUCAAUGGCUCUGCUGAUAAAGCAGUGGAGGACAGUGAGAAGAUCUUCACUGAGCUGAUCCGUCUCAUGGAGAAAAGAAGGUCUGAUGUGAAGCAGCAGGUCAGAUCCCAGCAGGAAACUGAAGUGAGUCGAGUCAAAGAUCUUCAGGAGAAGCUGGAGCAGGAGAUCACUGAGCUGAAGAGGAAAGACAUCACUGAGCUGAAGAAGCUCUCACACACAGAGGACCACAACCAGUUUCUACACAACUACCCCUCACUGUCACGACUCAGUGAAUCUAUGGAGUUACCCUGCAAAAAAGUCCGUCCUCUGCAGCACUUUGAGGAUGUGACAGCUGCUGUGUCAGAGCUCAGAGAUAAACUACAGGACGUUCUGAGUGAGAAAUGGCCAAAGAUUUUACGGACAGUGACUGAAGUCGAUGCUUUGCUGUCACAACAACUGAGGACCAGAGAGGAAUUCCUACAGUACGCAUGUCCAAUCACACUGGAUCCAAGCACAUCACACCCCGGGAUGAAAUUAUCCAAUGGAAACCGUAAAGUAACAACCACGCAACAAGUCAAUCCGUUACAUUUUCAUUGCCCGAAUAAAUUUAUUCACAAUCAUCAGGUCCUGAGUACAGAGAGUCUGACUGGACGUUGUUACUGGGAGGUGGAGUGGGAUGCGUUAGUCACAAUAGCUGUUGCAUACAAGGAUAUUAGCAGAUCAGGGAGCUAUCGUGAAUGUGAAUUUGGACACAAUGACAAGUCUUGGGCGCUAUCUUGUCGUAUGGCCUAUCAUUUCAGACAUAACGAUAUCACUACUCCAGUCCCAGGAAAGUAUUCCUACAAAGUUGGAGUGUUCCUGGAUCAUAAGGCCGGUAUUCUGGCCUUUUACAACGUGAACGAUGACAUGACUCUCCUCCACAAAAUUCAGACCACAUUCACGCAGCCUCUCCACGCUGGACUUGCACUUCAUUAUUCUGGAGGAGACAAUGCCGAGUUGUGUGAGCUGAAGUAGACAGGAUGUGAAGUGGCAAUGGGUUAGUGUGCGUUCGUUUUUUUUAUGUUUAUUCUUGAGAUUUCUUUCCAAACACAUUAAAUAUGUUGGACAAUAGUUGCUGAAAACACGUGAAAAGACUUUGAACCAUAUAUCACUGAAAUGUGGAGUCAGAGGUUCAAACAGUUUUUCACCAGUUUU